AUGGUAGAUUCCCCAGACGUCUCCAGUGCCCGACAGACUAUUUCUCAAGCCAAUCCUGACAGAGUAGAUGGCCCGCAAGAAACGAAAGAUGACUCGCUUGAGAUUGCUACCAACUCCAAUGUGCAAUCCAAGCCCGCCUCAAUACGUCAGCAAAACCAAGAACAACUCGUGUCAGAAAGAGAAUCAUCUGUACCUCUCGAGCUAGCCAAGCCGGUUAAUCAUCGCGAGGCAACGGUAGCUGUCAAAGAACCGUCUGUUCCACCACCGGAAAUGCCAAGAUACAGUGGCUUCACGGACGCCGAGCUCAGAAAGCAAAUAGCCUCUUACGGAUUCAAACCUGUCAAGGGCCGCAAUAAGAUGAUUGCCUUGCUCGAGAAAUGCUGGAAGAGUAUGCAUCCAACUGUGGAGAAGGUGCAAGAGGAAGAAAGUCGCGAAUCAUACUCGCAUGGGUUAGAGCAGACGGAGAAGGCCAAAACCAAAUCUGGUGAUUCUACGAAAUCUGCAGACCAAGCCACUGUUACAGUCGGAUCUCAAACGAGGGCUUCCUCACGCCAAGCAAAUAAAGGAGAGCAGCAGCAGUCCGACAAACCUAUAUCACGUGGGCGAUCUAAGAAGGCACAAACCGCAUCUUCAGGACGUUCGAAAGGGAAGAAAAAGAAAGGAGCCUCAGAAACUGAAAACUUAAAAGGGACGACAACAGCCCCUCCUUCAGCGGCAAUCGUUGUGGAAGAAAUCGAAGAUUCAGAAGAGGAGGUAAUUCCGUCUCCGACCCGAAUACAGCAGCAACAACAAAGCCGGUAUUUUUCUUCGAAUGCAAAUGCUCGUCAUCGAUCUACUACUACCCCGGCAUUACCACCUCUCCCACUAUCAUCGAGCCCUAGCCCUAGUCCUGGCAACACUCCGAAGAGAUCUACUACCACUUCGACAACGACGAUCCACAAUACCAAUCAUAAUGAUGAUGAUCAUGGUGACGAUAACCAACUCCCCAACUUAUUCACCCAGAUCACGGAAGCGAUCCGAGCGCAGCCGCGGAUGCCAUCCGGUGGUCCGGGCCAGAAACGCCGACCAACCUGGCACGAGAAGAUCCUACUGUACGACCCCAUCGUGGUCGAGGAUCUCGCGACGUGGCUGAACACGGAAGGCCUGGGAUUGAUCGGGGAGGAUCGGGAAGUCAGUGCGGGCUUGGAAUAA